AAAUGCCGAAAGAAAUAUUGAAGAGAAUGAAAAUAAUAAGUAUGUGGAUACCCCUCUAGGUAAAGGAGGCAAAGGCAAUUCAGACAUUGAAAAAGUUGAAGAAAAACAUCCAAAUAAUGAAAUUUCUAAUAUUACAAUCGAAGAAAUUGAGAUUAUUGAUAACAUUUCACCUAAAGAGAAAGAGGAUCCAAGUGCAGAGGAAGUGAAAAAUAUUGAUGAUUCUGAUCAAGAAGUAGAUAAAUAUAUAACCUUUGACAAAGUUGAAGAAAAACAUCCAAAUAAUGAAAUUUCUAAUAUUACAAACGAAGAAAUCGAACACAAUGAUAAUAUUUUACCUAAAGAGAAAGAGGAUCCAAGUGAAGAGGAAGUGAAAAAGAUUGAUGAUUCUGAUCAAGAAGUAGAUAAAUAUAUUUCCUUUGACAAAGUUGAAGAAAAACAUCCAAAUAAUGAAAUUUCUUAUAUUACAAACGAAGAAAUCGAACACAAUGAUAAUAUUUCACCUAAAGAGAAAGAGGAUCCAAGUGCAGAGGAAGUGAAAAAGUUUGAUGAUUCUGAUCAUGAAGUAGAUAAAUAUAUAACCUUUGAAGAA